UUGAAAUUUAAAAAAAAGCUCAAGUUGUUGUGAUGUUAAUGGCUUGACAUCGGAUGGACAACCCGGAAGACAAACAAGGAUCUGGGAUUUGAGCGCAGCUACGUGUCACUCUCGGAGUUCAAUCCUCUGUGAAAGAUCCGAAAAUAGCAAAACACAAGGAAGAAGAGAGGAGACGCCUGGGACAGACUGAUUGUCGAUGAGCCCCGGUUGCCACCCGAACGGUCACUGAAGACAUCGGCGAGCAUGAAGGCUUUGAUCCUAGUGGGCGGCUACGGCACCCGCCUGCGACCGCUCACUUUAAGCGUGCCCAAGCCUCUGGUGGAGUUCUGCAACAAGCCCAUCCUUAUGCACCAGGUGGAGGCCUUGGUCAAGGCCGGGGUGACGCAUGUGGUCUUGGCGGUGAGCUACAUGUCUGAGCUGCUGGAGCGAGAAAUGAAGGUCCAGGAGCAGAGACUUGGAAUUCGAAUCUCGCUCUCGCACGAGAAGGAGCCUCUUGGAACGGCUGGUCCUCUGGCACUGGCCCGCAAGCUGCUGGACGUGGACAACGAGCCCUUCUUCGUCCUCAACUCAGACGUCAUCUGUGACUUCCCCUUCCAAGACAUGCUGAAGUUUCACUGCGACCACGGCAAGGAGGGCACCAUUGUGGUGACCCGCGUGGAGGAGCCGUCCAAGUACGGUGUGGUGGUGUUCGAGACGGAAAGCGGCAGGAUCCAUCGCUUUGUGGAGAAACCGCAGGUGUUUGUGUCCAACAAGAUCAACGCCGGCAUGUACAUCUUCAAUUCCAGCAUGCUCGGCAGAAUCCAGUUGAGACCGACAUCCAUCGAGAAGGAGAUUUUCCCCGUCAUGGCCGAAGAGGGACAGCUCUAUGCCAUGGAGCUGCAGGGCUUCUGGAUGGACAUCGGACAGCCCAAAGACUUCCUGACCGGAAUGUGCAUGUACCUGCAGUCGCUACGGCAACACGCCCCUGAGAGACUGCGCAGCGGGCCUGGUUUCCUUGGCAAUGUGCUGGUGGACCCGACGGCUCAGAUCGGCAACAAUUGUACAAUUGGGCCCAACGUGACCAUCGGUGCUGGCGUGGUGGUGGAGGACGGCGUGCGGGUCAAGCGCUGCACUGUGCUAAAAGGGGCCCGAGUCCGCUCGCACUCCUGGCUGGAGAGCUGCAUUGUGGGCUGGAGCUCCUCAGUGGGCCAGUGGGUCCGAAUGGAGAAUGUGACGGUUCUGGGCGAGGAUGUGCUUGUCAAUGACGAGCUAUACCUGAAUGGUGCCAACGUGCUGCCACACAAGUCCAUCAGCGAGUCAGUUCCAGAACCGCGUAUCAUCAUGUAGCCCCAAAAACUUCACCGACGUCAUUAAUGAAGUCUACUGGACUGUCAAACUGGAUCACAGAAUCCAAAGUCUGGGGUUCCGUCAAGAAAGAACAGUCUAACCUUCACCAUUUUUUUUAUGGACCUAAGCUCUGUUUGACUGCACCUUCAGUGAUCUGCUGAGGCCAAUGUCAUGUGACGAGGGUGACAGGAAGGAGCUUUUCGUACUGUGCGUCAUCUCUACGCACUGAGAAAUGUUCAGAUGGAGCACUAGAGGGCAGCAGAGUAACCGCUACGCUGGAACCUCAGAAGUCCAACUUGGUCACCUUGCAUUUGUUCAACUUUCAAAGCAAAUUCCCCCCCCCCCCCCCCCGUAGGAAAACCAUGGAAAUGAAGGUAAUCUGUUCAAGGGGAACGGUGGGCAUUGUGAAAGGAGCGUUUCAGAAUGAAGCGAUUCUAAAUGUGACCUAAAGAUGGCGCUCGAGUUAAGGGAACACAUUUUCCGGUUGAUUUCUUUUGAAACGUGUUCAACUUGAUUUUAAAUUGUGUGGUUAUUUUGGCAAAUUUUCUCCACUCCCAGAAGAAAUCUAUUAGUGGAGGAAGCUAAAACUAUUUUUGACGAUUACUGUAUAUUAGUGAGAUUUGAUGAAGGUGAUAUGAGAAGGUGAUGAGAGGCUCUUUGUGCCUUGAUUAAAUGGGUGAAUGAAGAAUAGAAAA